CGACCAUUUAGGUUCUAGGGUGUGAGGAUGAACACUGCCGACGGCGAGCGGUACGGUGAUAGAAAGUGGCCGUAUGUCAUACCAAUAGUCAGUCUAAUUUUCGUUGAGAAUAAAUUAUGUCAAUGACUUGUUGUAUAUUAUUUUUGCUCAAUAUUAGCUAAUUUUGCAGCAGUCUAUAAAUCGUUUCAAGAUAACAAUAAUGAUUUAAUACGGAAUAUUCUCUCAACAAAAACUGAUGCAAUAACUCUCCGCCCGGCAUGGCACCCCAAUACCAAAAACCUACGUCACCCAUCUUGGACCCUAUCAUCCCCUACGCGUUCAAUACUCGUCCUCACUCGCUCACAUACACACGCAAUAGAUCUUGCAUCCUGCUCACAUUUGGCGCGAGUCAGUCUCGGUAUUCAGCUCGGUAGGGCUGGUCGCGCGCCGAAAAAAAAGGCGGGAAAAAAUCAGUGCAGUGACUUUUUAUAAUCUGUGUGUCUAAUAAAUCAAAAUGUCACCAAAAAAAGCGACAGACGAAGAAUGCGAAGACCUAAAAGCGGACCUUGAGGUCGAAGGAGGCAAGGAUGCUGGCGCCCUGGAAGCUAAGAUGUCCCUCCUCAACGGAUGCACAGUUAUCGUGGGGUCCAUCAUCGGGAGUGGCAUCUUCGUGUCUCCGACUGGGGUGUUGAAAGGGACGGGGUCGGUGAACGCUAGUCUGCUCGUCUGGGUGGCAUCUGGAAUCUACAGUAUGAUUGGUGCCUACUGCUACGCGGAACUGGGAACCAUGAUUCGUCAGAGCGGCGCGGACUACGCCUACAUCAUGGAGACUUUCGGGCCUUUCGCAGCUUUCGUCCGGCUGUGGAUCGAAUGUAUAAUCGUCAGACCUUGCUCCCAGGCGAUAGUGGCGCUCACGUUCAGCGUGUACGUGCUGAAGCCGAUCUUCCCGGAGUGCGAGCCGCCAACGGAAGUGACCAGGCUGCUGGCUGCCUGCUGCAUACUGCUCCUGACCUUCAUAAACUGCUGGUCAGUCAGAGCUGCCACGCGCGUUCAGGACUGGUUUACAUACGCCAAGCUCUUGGCGCUCUUCAUCAUCAUCGGAGGUGGCAUCUACCAGCUGUGCAGAGGUCAAACGCAGCAUUUCACUUUCGAGGGGACGUCAAGUGACGUCACAUCCAUCUUUCUCUCCUUCUACUCUGGACUCUUCGCUUAUAACGGAUGGAACUACCUUAACUUCAUAAUCGAAGAGCUUAAAGACCCCGUUCGGAACCUGCCGCGCGCCAUCGGUAUCUCCGUGGCUUUGGUGACCAUCGUGUACACCUUCACCAAUGUGGCUUUCUAUACCACGCUCUCUCCCAAGGAGAUGCUAGGAACUCCGGCAGUAGCUGUAAUGUUCGCUGAGCGCUUGUUCGGAGCGUUUGCGCUUUCCAUCCCGCUAUUCGUCGCAGCUUCUACCUUCGGCGCUGUCAACGGUGUACUUUUGACUUCUUCUCGCCUGUUCUACGCCGGUGCGGCCCAAGGCCAGAUGCCAGAGAUGCUAACCAUGGUUUCAUCCCGCGCCACUCCAGCGCCGGCGGUACUGGCCGUGGCGCUGCUGUCCUUGAUGUACCUCAUGAGCUCUGACAUCUUCGUGCUCAUCAACUACGUGGGCUUCGCUACCUGGUUGAGUAUCGGUGCAGCGGUGGUAUGUCUGCCGGUACUGCGGUGGACGCGGCCCGAACUUGAGCGCCCCAUCAAGGUCAACCUAUUCUUCCCUGCAAUAUACAUCAUAGCGACUCUUCUGGUCGUAGUCGUACCAGCAAUAGCGUCCCCCAUAGACACCGGCAUAGGCUGUCUCAUGAUCCUAACUGCCGUCCCUGUCUAUCUCCUGCUGCUGCACCCUCGCACCAAGGUGCGGGGCCUGGCGUCUCUCACCACGGCAGCAACUCAUCUUAUACAAAAACUGACAUUGGCAGUUAGACCGAAGACGAAGUGAACGGCUCACGGAUGCAAGAUUCUCGCUCACAUAUCCGACCAUUCCCAAUGCAUUCCAGUUAUCAAAGAACUAUAAAAUGUAGAUAAUAUUAAAAAUAAACUAAACCACGAAAUCAACAAAAUCACGAAUAGCGUAGGCUUCCAAAUAAAAAAAUAUAUAGACGGCCGUUUUCAUUGUCUCUGGUAACUUUAGUCAUGUCAGUGUAAGAAAUAAUAAUCAAUGUUGCCAGUGUUCUAUUUCAUGUUAGGAGAUUUAGUUUGACAAGCCAUUCCCGUGAGUAGAAAAAGGCGGGAAAUUUGAAAAACAUUGGCGCGAAGGGUCGGUUUUUGAUACAAAACUUUAAUAUCGCGCUUUUUUCUAUUGACAAAGUGGGUUUGGCAGAGUAUAGUUUGAACGGUCAUAUAAAUGUGCUUUUAUAAUAUUUAUCAAAUUUUAAUAUACGAACACUGAUGUAAUGAUAAAAAUAUCAGAGGUGUUUUUAUACUAUCGUUUAUGUAAAUGUGUAAAUGUAAGUCUUGUUGACUGUUGUCAAAUUUAAAUACAUGUAUUUAAGAUGACAUUUGCUAACCUAAUGAUUGUCAGAAAGAUAUAAGGGUUUUAAGUACCAUCUCAUUAUUAGUAAUUUCAAGUACAUUCUUUUACGAGUAUUACAUUUAACAUACAUACAUAAAAAUUGGACUUGAAUAGGUUUAUGUGGUGUAUUCAUAAAACCUAUUGGGACCAUCAUCUCAUGUUUAGAUGAGUUUUUUAAGUGUUCUAUUCUCUUUCAUGAAAAUAGCAUAGAACAAUUAGAAUUUGAGAUUCAAACUGAGCUGUAAUCUCAUUGUAACGCUUUGUUAUUUUUAUGACCUCGAAAAUGACAAUACUUUCAUAAUUUUGUAUUAUAACUAGUAGCUUUUAUAUGUAUCUCAAUUAUAAUUGAGAGAUUAGGUACUAACAGGCAGUUGUAAGAUAUAUCUUUAGACGAAACAAAAUAUACAUCAAUCAAAAGGUGUUGAAUUCAUGGUCCUUCGAACCGGAUGGGUGAGUCAGGAUGUUUAAAUGGAAAAUUUGUACUAAACCUAAAACGAUGGAAACAAGUAAAACAAAUUCCCAUAUAUCUUUCCUAACCUUAUUUAUUCCAAGUAAAUUGUAGCUUAAAAUUUGUAAGGUAGCGUGUUUAAACAUAUUUAUAGAUCUAGAAUAAAUGUAAAAGUGGAAAAAUUACUGUCUUGGGUGAGAUUUGAACUCACGGCCUCUGGAUCCAGGAAUUGAAGUCUCACGCAAGACAGUAAUUUUUUCCACUUUAAAAUUUAUUCUAAGCUUAAUAGCAUCGUUCGCAGACAUUUCUGCUUGUUAAAACUUAAUUUAUUUAUAGACCUUAUAAAAACCACCUAUGAAAUCGCAAAAUGAACGUCUUAUCCACCUGUUCUGUACUUAUUCUGUAAAUACUUACUCCUCCUUCUCCGACACAAGACAGCGCCACUUUUCUCACUCCUGCGCUACUUCUUGCCAAUUGUUGACUCGGAGUUCGCGCAGAUACGCCCUCAGCACGGCUCUCCAGCGUAACCUGGGGCGUUCGACAGGACAAAAGCUGUAAAAACCUUUUAAACUUUAACAUGAAAAAGGGAAAAGUAUAGUGUUUGCGACAUUAAACCUUUUUUACAACCGUCUGUAAGUACAAGUUUGUAGUUAGUAGCAGUGACCUAUACUAAGAGCAAUAGAGCAUAAAGAUGUUCGACCAGACUCCCUCAUUGGUUGCAUAUUUAAAUAAUUUACUAUACCAUGGGCCAAUUCCAUGAAAACUUGUGAAUUUUAAUGCAAGUUUUUUUUUUAUAAAAAGGAAUUAAAAAAACACCAAUAUUUAUUGAAAUGAAAUCCAGGUCUAAUUGAAUCAAAUGCCAUUCUAUAACACAUUCAAGCGAGUGCUAUGCGUUUCGAGCGAAACCGGGCGGUAGUCGUUUCGGCGCCUGGCGAAUUGCUGGCAGACUGGCAGUGUAUGCAUUAUUGCAUUAUAGUACAGUCGUAAAUCAACUGACUAUUAUUUUGAGUAUAUUGUUUCAAAAAAAUCUACAGGAAUCACUUUCUGAUAAAAGCUUUGUAAGUUUAAUUGUCGUUGCCAUGUUUUUUUGUCAACUAAUAAUAUUUUUUGGCUGUGCCUACUUUUUUAAGCCUCCCAAAGAUUCACCUCGAGUGUUAAUACAUAUUAUUUAUAAGCCUAGUGUAAGUAAUUAAGUACAUGUAUUGAUUUUUUUAAAUAUUUUUUAUGCUUUUUGAUAGAUUAUUUUGUUUGUAAUUUUGUAUAUAAUGAAGAAAAACAUACAGAACAUUCCAAAAUGCAACUGCCUCAAUUUUAAAUUGUUGGUAUUUUUAAUUAAAUAUAGUUAAGGUUAUAACAUGAAAAUGUUUCUUUUGCUCAUUUUAAUUUAAAACUAUGAGAUUGUAUUUUAGUCAGAUACGCAUAGUAUAAAUGUCUAUUAUGUUAUUUUGACAAGUUAUAUGCAACAUUUUAGCUGUAUCAUUUAAAAAAUAUUUGGUGUCCUUACUACAUUGUAACAAAUUACAUUGCUACUAUGAACGCUUAUUUGCUACCCGAUAAUGUAUAAAAAAAUUACACAUCAUCGUUGUCUCAAACCUAAAUUGGAUUUGUACAGUUGUACUCUGUAUUUUUUUAUUUAAUAAAAAAUGACGACGAAAAGUCGUACUAAAAGGAUUAAAAUAAACGCCAAAACAAUUUGACCCAUAAAGACAGAACAAACUUAUUUAUUUUCACUUGUUACUAUGUAAACACUUGCAUUUGUUUUCUGUCUGCACUCACAUGUAUGAAUUACAUCAAUUACUAUACUAAGUGUAAUGUUAUAUGUGUCGCCGUAUGUGUUGCAUCAGAUGUACUCGCAUGAUGGACACAGUAUGACAAUAAUAAAUUGUUAAACAAACA